AUGUCUUCAAACAAUGAUGCUCCCGCAGCGGGAAAGCUAUGGGGAGGAAGAUUCACGGGCGGAACGGAUCCGAUCAUGGUGCAAUACAACGAAUCGAUCUACUUCGACCGCGUCUUCUACUCCCAAGACAUUCGUGGCAGCAUUUCCUACGCCAGAGCCAACACGAAAACUGGUCUCCUGACUGAGCGAGAAUUCGCCGAGAUCGAACGAGGCUUCAAACAGGUCUUGAAAGAAUGGCAAGACGGCGUCUUCGACAUCAAACCAGGCAUCGACGAGGACAUCCAUACCGCCAACGAGAGGCGACUGGGUGAGAUCAUCGGCAAGGAGAUUGCUGGCAAGCUGCACACUGGACGAAGCCGCAAUGAUCAAGUUGCAACUGACAUGCGAUUGUGGCUGCGGGAUCAAUUGGAGCAGCUGGAGAGCUAUCUCAUUGCCUUUCUGAAAGUAAUCGCUGCUCGUGCUGAGAAGGAGAUUGAGCAUGUCAUGCCUGGCUAUACGCAUCUGCAACGAGCUCAGCCGAUCCGAUGGAGUCAUUGGAUGCUGCUCUACGGCUCGUUCUUUGCGUCAGAUCUGGAGAGACUGCGAGAAGUGCGUGCUCGCAUCAACAAGUCACCACUGGGUUGCGGUGCUCUUGCUGGUAACCCUUUUAAUAUCGACCGAGAAGCCAUCGCGAAGGAACUUGGCUUCGAUGGCCUCAUCAUGAACUCGAUGGCAGGCGUUGGCGAUCGUGACUUUGUCGUCGAGACGAUGCAAUGGGGCACCAUGCUCAUGACACAUCUUUCCCGCUGGGCAGAAGAUCUCAUCAUAUACUCUACGGGGGAGUUCUCGUUCGUCAAGCUCGCCGAUACCUACUCGACAGGCUCAUCUCUCAUGCCGCAGAAGAAGAACCCCGACUCCCUCGAACUCAUCCGAGGCAAGUCUGGACGUGCUUUUGGACACAUGACAGGUCUCAUGAUGAGCAUCAAGGGCAUCCCAUCGACAUACAACAAGGAUCUGCAGGAAUCCGUCGAGCCUCUCCUCGACCACAUCAAGACCGUCGGCGACAGCGUGCAGAUCGCCACCGGCGUCCUCUCAACUCUGAACAUCCUGCCUGAGAAUAUGCUGAAGUCGCUUUCUCCGGACAUGCUGGCCACCGAUCUCGCAGACUAUCUAGUUCGCAAGGGCGUACCCUUCAGAGAGACCCACCACAUUUCUGGCCGAGUUGUCGCGCUCGCUGAGAACGAGGGCAAACCCAUGGAUACGUUGACGUUCGAGCAGCUCCAAGGCGUUGACAACAGAUUCGAGAAGGAUGUGCUUGGCGUCUUUGACUACCAAAAGAGUGUCGAGAUGCGCUCUGCGAAGGGUGGCACCAGCCGAGGUGCUGUACUUGAGCAGAUCGAGGCCAUCAAGAAGACUCUUGCUGCCAACUAA